CUCCGCAUUUCACCUGACCUCAUCAUCGACAUCAUUGGUUUCUGUGUUCCCGACUCUGACACUUCACCUCCUGAUCUCCUGUUAUUUCCUCCUGAUAAUCUUCAUCUAACCUGAUACAUGCACGGACGUUGCUUGUGUAUAUAAGCAUCACGCUACCCUGUGAAUAUCACAUACAUCCACACAUACAUACUCUCUUAUCUCCUCUACAUACCACUUCUCCAUACCGCCAUACUACGAAACAAAGACAAUCCAGCAAAAUGACCGACAUCGACCAAACCUCUCUCGCUGCCUCCUCCAUCGAGCGCCGCAACUCCCUCGAAAAGCAUCUCCAGCACCGUCCUGACCCCGAGGAUCUGCGCAACAGACAUAUCCUUGUUGAUACGAAUAUGGCUCCGUCUUCGGAAACGGCUUUUCCGGGUACACUCGAGCGUCGACGGACUUCGGAUAGUUUGCAAAGACAUCUUGAGCAGAGGCCUGAGAGGGAGGAGUUGGUUGAGCGAAACAUCCUCCCCUCCGUGAACGCAGCACCGGCCAUCCAAGCCCAAGCGCGCGAGUUACAGAAACACAUGCGUGCGGAUAGUCUCGAGCAGAAGAUUCAACAUCGCCCGCAGCCGGAGAUGCUUAUUGCGCAGGGGAUUCUGGAGGAGAGUGAGGAUCCUAGGAGCCCUACUAAUUAAGCCCCUAUCUUGUGUCCCUGCGUACUCCGUAUGGAUGGGAUUGGCAAUGUUCAUGACUUAUGAUU